AUGGUGAGACCCUCCCACAGUCGCACCAACUCGCACACCGAUCAUCGCCCUGCUCAGCCAAGCGCCCUCCGCCAGGCUCUCAGCGCCCAGAACAGAUCUGACAGCGACAAUGGCAACAGCGGCUCUGCCCCCAUGGCUUCGCCUCCCACCUCGCCUGGCCCAACCUCUGGAGCCCCCAUCAGCGAGAUCUUUGCGAGCGAGUCAACCCCUCUGAUGCAGGGCAACAACACUACAUCUACGAACCACCGUCGAUCGAGCAUCCACCCGGCGCAUCCAGGAGUCUGCAGCCAUGGCACCUUUAGCCCGCGGCCGUCGAGUCCUGCCAUGACCAUGCAGAGCACCGACGAGGAUGGGAGUGAUACUGGGGCUUCGGGAACGCACAUUCCAGUGCUGGACAGUGCAAUCACGACGAUCGUGGGGCAUGACGAUUGGAAACGGUGGUUGAAGAAGAGGAUGCGCACCAAGAAGAUGGGCCACAGCAGUGUGCUUGCUGAGCAAGCUGGAUUCGAGGAUACGGCCUUUAUGUAUCUCGCAUACUACGUCCCUUGCUUGAACUGGAUGCGCCAGUACAAGCUCUCAUACCUCCGUGGUGACCUGGUGGCCGCCGUCACCAUGGCCUCCUUCUACCUCCCCAUGGCCCUCUCCCUCGCCGCGAACCUAGCCCACGUCCCUCCGAUCCACGGUCUCUACGCUUUCGUCUUCAACCCUUUCAUCUACGCUCUACUUGGAUCUUGCCCACAGAUGGUUGUCGGCCCCGAAGCUGCUGGCUCGCUUCUUGUCGGAACCGUGGUGAAACAAAACGUCAGUUCGGGAGACGACGAGCAGGACGACCUUUUGCAUGCGCAGAUCUGCGGCAUUGUUGCUGGUAUGGCGGGCGCAAUGGUUCUCAUUGCCGGCCUCGCAAGACUUGGGUUUUUGGAUAGCGUGCUCAGCAAGCCGUUCCUGCGCGGCUUCAUCAGCGCCAUCGGCUUCGUCAUUGCUGUCGACCAGCUGAUUCCCGAACUUGGACUCGCUAAGCUGGCCGACAAGGCGGGUGUGAGCCACGGUAGCCCGGUCGAGAAGAUACAGUUCAUGGUUCGCAACAUUCACGAGGCUCAUGGGUUGACCUUUGCCAUUGCUGGAAUCAGCUUUCUCUUCAUCAUGAUCUGUCGUGAAACAAAGAAUCGCCUCCAGCCCAGGUUUCCCGGAGUCGCCUACAUUCCCGACCGCUUCUUUGUCGUUGUCGUAUCUGCCAUUCUGUGCUGGAAGCUCGACUGGGAGAAUAAGGGUGUUGAGAUCCUGGGAACUGUCAAGGCCGCCAACGGUAACCUUCUCGCUUUCCAGUGGCCCUUCAAGCUGGAACACAUGCCUCACAUCCGAAGUGCCAUGUCGACAUCCUUCCUGAUUGCUCUCUUGGGCUUCUUCGAGUCUUCUGUUGCUGCCAAGAGUCUGGGUUCCAGCGAGACUAUCCAAGGCAUUCAGCUCAGCGCUAACCGAGAGCUUAUUGCCCUUGGCAUCGCGAACAUGGUUGGUGGCUGCUUCAUGAGCUUGCCGGCGUUUGGCGGAUACGGUCGAAGCAAGGUGAACAAGAGUACUGGUGGUAAGAGUCCUGCCAGCUCCAUGUUCUUGAGUAUCAUUUCACUGUUUUCCAUCUUCUUCCUCCUACCUUACUUUUACUACCUGCCGAAACCUGUCCUGUCGGCAAUGAUCUCCGUGGUGGCUUGGUCGCUGAUAGAAGAGGCGCCCCAUGACAUCACCUUCUUCCUGAAGAUUCGUGGCUGGACUGAGCUGGGCCUCAUGGCCAUCAUCUUCUUGGCGACCAUGUUUUACUCACUGACUCUGGGUAUGGCGUUUGGCGUGGGACUGUCGAUCCUGAUGGUGAUCAAGCAUAGCACUCGACCGCGCAUUCAGAUUCUGGGUCGCAUCCCUGGCACGAAUCGGUUCGAGAAUGCCGAGGGAGAGCGAAGCAGCCUGGAAUUUGUCGAGGGCUGCCUGAUUGUUAAGAUUCCCGAGCCUCUGACCUUUGCUAACACUGGCGAGCUCAAGUCUCGUCUUCGUAGACUGGAGCUUUACGGCACGUCAAAGGCGCACCCCGCCCUUCCUCGUCUUCGCAGCCUUGAAAUGAACCGCAAUGUCAUCUUUGACAUCCAUGGUGUCACGUCAAUGGACGGUUCAGGCACCCAGGUUCUCACCGAGAUCGUGCGCAACUACCACGAUCGAAAGGUCCGCGUCUUCUUCUCGAGAUGCCCUCAGCGCCGAGACCACCCAGUCUGGCAUCUGAUGGUGAACAGCGGCAUCGUGGAGCUGGCGGGCGGCGAGGGACACUUUGUCAACGAUGUCGAGGAGGCUCUGAGAUUGACAGAGUACGAAGAGAGCGUGACUGGAGAGUCAAGUCGACGCAGAGACUUUUAG